AUGUGGGCGCCCCGCCUUCGCUGGUGGGCCGCCUGUCUCGCGGCGGCCACGCGGCUCUGGCGCCGCGUGCGGGGCAAGGCCGCGCCGCCUCCGCAGCGCAAGAAGUACUCUCCGCUGCCUGGGGAGGAGAGCUUGGUGGGAAUGACCAAAGCGGAGAGGAAGAAGUGGCGAAGGGAGCAAAGGUGGCUGCAGAAGAAGGAGCGCAGGAAACAGCAGAGGGCCGAGGAGCGGCGCCGGGACCGGCGCAGGAAGAAGGCCGCGCGGGAGGAACUCCUGGCUGACAUGAGCGAGAAGGAGAAGCGCGCAUACUUCGAGAACCUCCGCCAGGAGAAGGAGGAGUCGGAGGCGAGCAUUCGGCGGGCCUACCAGGAGGGCCGGCCCAAGGUGGUGAUCAAUUGUCCGGGGGCCCUGCUGCGAUUCCCCGGGCCAAUUUUGCAGGCCCAGCCCAACUGCUUCCUGGACCUAUGCUUCUGA